AUGCCAGGGCAGAAGAUGUUUAUCAAAGCACAAAAAAAAGAACCUUUGGCAAAGCCAUUUCUCCGUGGACAUGUUUUGCCGCAACAGGUUUCUGCCUCAGACUUUCCAGGCUUUGGAAGACCACUAGAUCGGUCACAGAAGGGCGCCAAGGAUGUCAUGUUUCCAAGAGACCGGACUGCAGAAAGUGCUGAAGUCAAGGCUUUGUACAAGCGAACUCAUGGUAGUACUGAUCCUGGUGAAGGGUUAGAUCGCAAAUAUGAAUGGCCCAACUAUGUGAAGAAUCCGAUCUUUCGAUUCGGGCAUGGUGACACAACAGUCGCUAGCGGAGCUGGCGCCAAGUCGGCCCUAAGCAUGGAUUGCGGAGAGGAGCCGCUGUCAGUUCCCAGCACGCUCAUUGUCAAGGACACUUUGGCCAACUUUCAGGAAGUGACUUCUGACCAGCUUGGAACCAGUCGGAAUUUGAUGCAAUUGCAAUCCCAAAGAGGUCUCCCAUCCCACCAUGCCUUUGGAAAGCCUACAAGCAGUGAUCCAAUUAGUGCUGGUUCACUCAUCAAAGGGGCGUAUUCCUUGCUGGAGCAGAUGCCUGACAAUGACUUGGGCAAGUGUAUAGUGAAAGGGCGCCGAAACUUUGAGACAGAUUCUGGACUGGGUAUACCAUCGGUCCGGUAUGACAAGGCUGCUCCUCCGCCAGAGAAGAGGUCAGUUGCAAACGCUGUAAACUAUGGUGACGACUUGAAUGCCGCGAGUCUCAUCACUCCAACAAGAUUUCAAUCUUUAGGUUUGAUGCCAAAAGAUUUCACUGAAAGGCGAAGUCCCUCAGAGCUGGAGAAGCUGAUGCGUGGUGCUGGCUUUUCCGCUUCGGCGGAGGAGCUUGCCGAGAUUAUACGUGGUGCUGCCCAAAAGCAUGGAGAUGGAGAUGAGCGGGCAUCAUUGGAAACUACUAUGCUUGCACUUGAAGAUUGGCUGAGUAAGCAAGCUGUGUAA